CAAUCAUUUUCUUCUUCGUCAGCCUCUCUACCACCGCCAUAUUGGGCAACUAAAAAAGGGGGCUCGUCUUUUCGGGGUGUUUUUCUCCCCCUCCCUUCUCCCCACUUUCUCACGGCUCCGCGACUCCGACCGCGGCAAGGUUUGGAGAGCGGCUGGGUUCGCGGGACCGCGGGAUUGCACCAGCCUGGACUGGGACUGGCUUUGCCACCUCCUCCUUCCUCCUCCCCUCCCUUCCCCGCCCUCCCGCUCGCCCGUACACUUGAUCGGCGGGGACUUUAGGCUGUCUGUCCCGGGCGUCCCCGCAUUCACUCCCCCAGACCUGCGCGCUCCUGAGGCUCGGGCAGUUACUCGUUGGGGCUUGUUUCUCUUGGCUCUGAGGGCAGUCGCAGGGCUUAUAAGAGGAGUCCGGACUGCGUMGGGGUGUUUUGUUGUGUUCGGUUUUGUUUUUUUGAGAGAUCGAGCUAAGCGGUCAAGACCCGAGCGGGAGGAAAAUGUCAAACGUGCGAGUGUCUAACGGGAGCCCGAGCCUGGAGCGGAUGGACGCCAGACAGGCUGAGCACCCUAAGCCCUCCGCCUGCAGAAACCUCUUCGGUCCCGUGAAUCACGAAGAGUUAACCCGGGACUUGGAGAAGCACUGCAGAGAUAUGGAAGAGGCCAGCCAGCGCAAGUGGAAUUUCGAUUUUCAAAACCAUAAGCCCCUGGAGGGCAAAUACGAGUGGCAAGAGGUGGAGAAGGGCAGCUUGCCCGAGUUCUACUACAGACCCCCGCGGCCCCCCAAAGGCGCUUGCAAGGUGCCGGCGCCGGAGAGCCAGGAUGUCAGCGGGAACCGCCAGGCGGUGCCUUUAAUUGGGUCCCAGGCAAACUCAGAGGACACGCACUUGGUAGACCCAAAGACUGACCCGUCAGACAGCCAGACGGGGUUAGCGGAGCAGUGCGCAGGGAUGAGGAAGCGACCCGCAACAGAUGAUUCUUCUUCUCAAAACAAAAGAGCCAACAGAACAGAAGAAAAUGUUUCAGACGGUUCCCCAAGUGCUGGUUCUGUGGAGCAGACUCCCAAGAAGCCGGGCCUUCGAAGACGUCAAACGUAAACAGCUCCAGCUCGAAUUAAGAAUGUGUUUCCUUGUUUAUCAGAUACGUCAUUGCUUGAUGAAGCAAGGAAGAUAUACAAGAAAAAAUUUAAAUACAUAUCGCUGACUCCAUGGAACAGACAUCCUGUAUAAGCACUGAAAAGCAACAACACCAUAACACUAAAAUUUUAGGCACUCUUAAAUGACCUGCCUCUAAAAGCGUUGGAUGUAGCAUCGUGCAAUUAGGUUUUUCCUUAUUUGCUUCAUUGUACUACCUGUGUAUAUAGUUUUUACCUUUUAUGUAGCACAUAAACAUUGGGGAAGGGAGGGCAGGGUGGGGAUAAGGAAUUGGCCUGGGUGGGGGUAAAGAACUUGCUUCUGUUUAUAGCAAGGAGAAAAAUAUUUGACUUGCAUAACCGAAGCAAUUUUGGGGAAGGGCUUCAACUAUUUUUUUUAAAGAUGUAAUGUCCCUUUCAGUGACACUGAUAUUUCAUUUUUAAAAUCAAAAUUUGAAAACUGGCUACAAAUAAUUGCUAUUUAUUUUUACAUGAAGCUUAUUCUUAUUUGGGAGUUCUUAUGAUUCCGUUAUGUACUAGCAAAUGUCUUUAAAAACAAAAAAACAGUAACAACUGUUUUUCUCAGUGUCUCUAACCCUGUGCCCCCCGCCCMCCAGUUUCCCUUAAAAUUGGAAUAUACCAGUUAAUUAUUCAGCAGUUUGGUAAUCACUUCAAGUAA